CUUACGAGCUCUAUAGCUGCGGUAUUACAUCAAUUUGAGUUCAUUUGAGUGGUCACCCAUAGCGAUGGUCCCUGCGAAUAAUUUGAAGACAACACGUCAACUCGUCAUCAGUUAUCCCGGAAUGAAGAAGUUAUCCAUCAAGAUCUUUUCGGCGGCCAUCCUCAUCUGUGGCAUGGCUUCCAUCGGCAUACAAACCGUCACCUUGGUGAUAUUCUUGGAGACGUUUGAUCGCUAUUACGUCUAUUUUCCAUCGGACGUCGUCGGCCACGGCAUUUGGGGCGGUAUGCUCUACUUGACGGCUGGCAGUUUUGGAUUCGCUGUCGCCUUCAUGAGGAAGAAAACGUUGCUGGUGGGAACCGUCGUGACUUCGUCUUUAUCGAUUUUCGCUUCGUUCUUGACGUCUUUGCUCUCAGCUGGAGCGGCUUCGUCGGGCGUUUACAGCUCUUGCUACCGGAAAUUCGGAUACUCCAAUUCGAUAUGUGACACUUGGCUGGGAUUGGAAUGGGCGUUGAUGAUGUGCGGGAUUGUGGCGUUUAUCAGCUCGACCAGUCUGACCAUCCUGGCAUCCGGCUCUCUCUGCACUUGCUGCCGGAAGCACAACACUAUCGCGGACAUGCAAGAAUCGGUGGUGACUUUACAGGGUGUCUACGUCGAUCAGCAGGUUCCGGCCCAACAACAAGUUUAACACAAUAUACCAGUCAGAAGUCUUAACUCAAAGAGUCUUAAUCACCGGAAGAAGAUGGACAGUACUGAGCAACACUCUUCAGAUAAUUUUUAAUCCAUUGAAUUUUGCUAUUGUAUUAGUGGUAUGAGCCUAUGUUUGUAGAGUGUAGAUUGCUUAUUCAAGCCUGAUUAUAACUUUAUAAUUAAAAUAGCUUUUUAGAGCCGGCUGUUAAAUACUUUAGGCUAGAUUUUGUGUGUGUUUUGUGACGAUUCAAAUUUUUCAGGUGAAUCGGAAUAAAGAA